UGCGGCAGGAAUCUGUUUUGCUGUGAUAAUUUGGGACAUCAUUUAUCCUGUCCUCCGCUCAUAAGGCGCCGGUUUUUGGACCGAACGACAAGAUAGUCAGCCAUGCAGGUCAAGAUGGACACAGAGUGAAGCAAAAAGUCAGGACAUAGAUAGCUCACCGAGCAGGCCAACAACGACGUAUCCGGGUCAAUACGUUGAAGUACAUCACUGUUCGGCAGUCAAUAAUUCUUGUCAACCGGGUGCAGAUUUCCAAGAAUGAAAAAAGAGAACGAGAGAUGACUAGAUGAGCACAAAGAGGAAGAAAAAAAAGGAUGUUAUUAGCAACAUCAAUGUAGUGUGCCGUGUGGGAUCAUCUAGUCAUCCUCUCGUGGUUCAGGCAGCGGUCGAGGGAGAGGAGGCGGUGGUUGGGACUUGGGAGAAAGCCAGAGAUGUGGCUGCGGAUAUCUUUCCGCAUCCUGUAGUGUUGAUGAUCCAAUGGACGCCGUAAUGUUUGAAGUUUGAACAUUUCAAACACCCAUGAUGCUUGCAGAAUGCAGAUUAGCAGGAAACCGUGUGUGCGUUCUGCUUGCUUCGAGCAAAAGCAAGAAGGAUAAAGAGGUUGGCAGGGGAGGUGACUGAGAACUGACUGGUUGAGCACUUUGAUUCUUCGGAGCCGGUCAGCCGGAUCACGGUAGGCAGUACACAGUUCAUGGUCCAUGACUGUUGUAUCAAACGAUUCGGCCAUUUGGAGGCAUGUCUCCUCUUGAGCAUCUGCUGCCAUUGAGUUUCUUGUGAUCGGCAGCUGUCUACUGUUGGAUUUCUCUUCCAUCUGGCAGAAAUCUGGCUUUGCUGGAUUUUUCUUCUCUGAUCGAUUGGUUCUUCCUUCCACUGUGUUCUCUUUGCUCUUGGCCUUCUCCUGGUUGGAUUUUAAUCACGUAGAAGUACAGACAAGUCAUUGUCGAGCAACAGAAGAAAUAGAAAAUGUCUCUGUUUUAAUCACCAAUGCGUGAUCUUUUUCUCUGCAACCUCUGAGUUCUUGAAGUACCUGAAAUUGUGGUAGCAGCCGGGCUUCUUCCUCCAAGAAAUGGGCUGCAUGUGCCUCUUCCAGGACAAGCGCAGGAGCAAGAGACGGCCGGAGGUGGCGGCGCCGGCGCCGGCACCGGCUCCGCCCUCCCCGAGUGCCGCUGCCGCCGUUUCCACCGAUGCGUGCUCGAACGUGUCCGUGCCAGCCGCCGCGCCGAGCACGUGCACGUCGUCGUGGGCGAGCACGAGGCCGUCGGCGAGCUCCUCGGCGGUGAGCACCCCGGAGCCGUACGAGGCGAGGCAGGGCGCCCCCCGCGAGCUCGCUCUCCGCGAGCUCCGCGGCGCCACGGGCGACUUCAGCCCGCUGCUCAUGGUCGGCCGGGGCGGCUUCGGGUGCGUCUACCGCGGCGUCCUCCGCCUCCCCGGCGAGCCGCCCCACGGCACCCCCGUCGCCGUCAAGAGGCUCAACCCCGACAGCCGCCAGGGGCACAAGGAGUGGCUCGCCGAGGUGCAGCUGCUGGGCGUCGUGGAGCACCCCAACCUCGUCAACCUCCUCGGCUACUGCGCGGCGCAGACGGAGCGAGGCCCGCAGCGGCUGCUGGUGUACGAGUUCGUGCCGAAUAAGACGCUGGACGACCACCUGUUCGACCGAUCCCACCCCGUCCUCCCGUGGGGCGUCAGGCUGCAGAUCGCGCUGGGCGCUGCCGAGGGGUUACUGUACCUCCACGAGGGCCUGGAGUUUCAGAUCAUAUACCGUGAUUUCAAGGCUGCAAAUGUGCUGCUGGAUGAUGAGUUCAGACCCAAACUGUCAGAUUUCGGAUUAGCAAGGGAAGGGCCAUCAGAAGGUCAGACACAUGUCUCCACAGCGGUGAUGGGGACGUACGGCUACGCGGCACCGGACUACGUCCGGACGGGGCACCUCACGACCAAGAGCGACGUGUGGAGCUUCGGCGUUGUGCUGUACGAGAUCCUCGCCGGCCGGCGGUCGAUCGACAAGAGUCGGCCCAAGGACGAGCAGAAGCUCCUCGAGUGGGUGCGGCGGCACCCCGCCGGGAGCCCGCGGUUCGGCCGGAUCAUGGACGGGAGGCUGCAGGGGAGGUACUCCGUGAGAGCGGCCAGGGAGGUCGCCGAGCUCGCCGCCGGCUGCCUCGCGAAGCACGGCAAGGACCGCCCCGCGAUGGCGGAGGUGGUCGAGCGGCUGAGGCGGGCGACGCGGCACGCCGAGCUGGACGGCGAAGUGUAUGAUGAUGCCGGGGAGGAGAGCUCGAGCUCGCCGGCGGCGGCGGCCGUGGAGGACGACGUGGCCGUGGCCGCGGCGGCGGCGAGGCGGCGGAUGCUCCACCUUGCUGCGCUCGGGGAGAACGCGAGCGCGAGCGCUCACGCGAGGAGAAGGCUCAUGCUCAUGAGGGCGGCUGCUGCUGCCACUGCCGCGACGUGACCUGUUCAUUCUCUUGUCGGAGUUGACAAUCACAAUGCAGGAUUGACUUCUGAAGGAUUUUUUUUUUGUGCUGAGAUGAUAUUUUUUUGUUACGGGUUUUGAGAAAAACAAAUUACAGGACUUUGUGACUACAACUUGUACAGCAUGGUUAAUCCAAAUAAUACAAUUUUCAGUAGAGACAUUGUGACAA